AUGGUUUUUGGGAAGAGAGACCUAUACGCUGAAGGAGUUUGGUGUAUCAAUGAUGUCAACACCACCUUGUAUAAAGAACUAAAACAUAAGUCUCAAGCAGCUCAUCCUUGGGCAUAUCAAGCCGAAUAUGGAAAAUACAUGACUUAUUAUUUGGUGGUUAUCAUAGGGCUAUUCAUCUUCAAAAGGCUUCAUUUUAGCUACGUGGAUGAGGAAGAUUUAAACAAUAGAUCCAAGGUAUUUGGUAGACCAAAUUUUUUCAAUAAAAUCGUUGCAUUUAAUAGGUAUAUUACUUAUCGAAGACUCCCAAUAACCCUUUGUGAAUACCUUGGGCUUCCUUGUUCGGUUGCCAAUGUUACAGUACUAUGUCUGACCCUAUUGUAUGUGUUAUGCUAUACAUUCAUACCCAAAGUCUGGUAUAGAGCCUGCAGCGGGUUUGGCAGUCCCCCUUUGGCGAUCCGUGCUGCUCUAGAAUGCAUGGCAUUUAUUCCAUUCAUCCUCAUUUUAUCAGGGAAGUCAAAUAUCAUCAGCACUUGGACAGGAGUGAGUUAUGAGCGACUCAAUGUUUAUCAUAGAUGGGCCUCUUUUAUUGCUUAUUUUUUGGCGUGGGUCCACAUUAUUCCAUUCUAUUACCAAGCAUAUAAGGAAGGUGGAGCUGGAAGAGUGAGCUAUAAGCAGAGGACGGAUGAGAUGUUUGUUAAUGGUAUUCCUCCAACAGUAUUUUUCACUUGGUUAUGUUUUGCAUCUUAUACAUCCAUUAGACAGUGGUGGUACGAAUUAUUUUUUCAUUUGCACUGGCUCUGUGGUAUCGGUUUUUGUAUAAGUUUGUAUAUUCAUAUCUACCCAGAAUUGGGCUCUCAAAAUUACUUAUAUGCUACAGUUGCAUUAUGGGGAAGUCAAGUGUUAUGGAGGUUUGUCGUGAAAACUGCUUUGAAACCAGGAAAACGAUUUCUAAAAACCAGAUCAUCCAAGGCCAGAAAAUUCUUGGUUAAGAAUGGAUCACGAGUCAGUGAAAGCUUCGAAAUAGCCAUCGAAAAUAAAGGCAUGGAUUUCCAUUGGAAACCAGGCCAGCAUUUAUUCAUUAGAGUCCCAGGAAUGAGAAUUUUGGAUAACCACCCUUUUUCCAUAUGCAACAUUCCAAAUGACGACCAAGAAAAUAUCAGACUCCUAGUCAAACCAGAAAAAGGGCUUACUAGAAAAAUUUAUAAUCAAAUCCCUGAAUCAAUGACCAGUGAUAUGAAGGUAUUUAUUGAUGGCCCUUAUGGUGGUACCCCAAGAGAAUAUGAUUCUUUCACAAACUUGUACUUGUUUGCCAAUGGAACUGGUGUCUCUGCCGUUUUACCAUUCUUGUUGGCUGGUUCUAGAUCAAUGAUCGAUAAAUAUUCCAGGAUUCGUGAAAUUAGGUUGGAUUGGAUAAUAAGGUUCGAUGAAGAUUUAGAGUGGGUCAGAAAUGAAUUAGAAUCUGUUCCUAAGAGUCUUAUUGAAUCUGGCAUUGUAACAAUUAAUGUUUAUUGUGUUAAUAAUAUCGAAGAUUCAAAUGCUGCCACGAAUCCUCUUGAUUCAGAAUCUAUUUCUUCUGAAGAAAAUCGUCACUUUCAGACAAAGCCAAAACAACCCUUCUUGCCCAAUAUUACCAAUUCCAAUAAGGGCAAUAGCUUGCUCAAUCUUUUUAAUUUCAAGCCUAUAAUCAAAGAUCUUUUCAUUGAUAUUAAGGAUUCUUUGGGCAGCAAAAAUAUGAUUGUGUGUUCUGGUUCUCAGUCGAUGAAAUUUGAAGUGGGGAAUAGUGUCGCUGCGCUACAAACUAGUGUUUUGGAAAAGAGCUCUAAGGUUAAGGAAGUCUACUUGCAUACUGAGAAUUUCGGUUGGUAG